AUGUCGGGCCUUGAGAUAGCCGGUCUUGUGCUGGGCGCCUUGCCCUUGGCCAUUGAGGUGCUCGACAGAUAUAGCGAAGUAGCCGACCGCAUUGAUGUCUUCUUCAAGAUCAAAGCGGAAUAUGACGAGUGGCACCGGCGACUGGAGUUCAAUUACCUGCUCUUCAAGAGAAAUGUCGAGGAGCUCCUUCUACCUCUCAUGGUCGAUGACAUAACCCAAAAGGACAAUAUCCCAAAGCUUAUGAAGGAUCCGUUCGGAAGUUGGUGGACCGAGCCCGAGAUGGCCCACCUCCUGCAGAAACGCCUACGCGAUGGCUAUAAGGUGUAUAUGGGUUGCAUCCAGGACAUUGAGCAGGUCAUGGAAGACAUUGUUCGUGAGCUUGCUUUGGGUCACGCGGCAGUUCAGUCCAAGAUCGCUUCACCUGGGGAAGCCACAAUAAUUGCAAGUUUGAAGGCACUGAGAGACAGCGACAACCUGGCCUUCCAAAAGUUCAGGUUCAAGUUCGCCCUCAAGGGCCCAAAGAAGCGAACCCGCCUUUUUACCAAGUUGGAAGAACAGAACAAAAAACUCCAAAAGAUCCUCAAGGGUAGCGACAGAGUCAGAGAUCUCUCCGCCCCAACUGCCGUCACAGCUCAGUCAAAGGCUGUCGGCGCCAUCGAUACUACGCUCUGCAACUUUUGGGUCACGGCCGACAGGUUUUUCAAUGCACUUGCCUCAAGUUGGAACUGCCGAUGCAAUACCCACUGCGCAAAUCUCCUACUACACCAUCGGAGCAAUGCAGCGCCCGAGUUCGAGGUCCUGUUCACCAAAGAACAGCCUUCCAUGACCACGUGGAAUGUCCGAAAAACGAAGAUUGUUGAGAAACAGGGCCUUAACUCCGGGCCGGGAGAGGUAGCCAGAUCCCGGCCAAGCUUGCCAAUACACACGCCAUCGCACAAGGAUAUCCGUCCACUCAAAUCCGCGCUCGGAAACCCGAAAAAGUCAAGAGGGAAAACCGCAAUGUUCGCGGGGCUUCAUUCCUCAACAGCAACAACAACUACUACUACUACUACUACAACAACAGUGACGCUCGUAGAAGUCAAAGAAGAAGACAGAACCACCGUUACCUCCACCAUGUCCACACAGACUACAACCACAAAGCAGAUGAUCCACUGCCUCUGCACCGCCCUCGAAGCACCAGCCUCACGCGGAAUCCAAGGCGACCCAACCUACGGCUACCUCAUCAGCGAAAACAUGACAUACCACAUCUACGACAUACCCUACAACCAACCUCCCACCCAACAAUACACCCCCAUCACGCUCCAAGAUAUCAUCGACGGGGACCUAUUUCCCACGCUUAAGCGCAAGCGCAUGCAACGAUUUACCAUGGCCCUAACCAUCGCCUCCUCAUUCGUCCAGCUUCUCGACUCUCCGUGGCUUCCCACCACCCUGACCAAAACCGACAUCAUUUUCCCCCGUGGCUGCACCUCCUUCCUCAACGACGAGCCGUACGUCCAACGCCCCUUAAUCUUCGCGGGCAAGAAAGCGACCCACGCAGCAGAAGAAGGGCCGCCGCCAGUGCCAAUAGGCGACUCCCUCGACCAGCUGGGCAUCAUCCUCCUGGAACUCUGUUUCAACGAGCGCAUUAGGGAUCAGAAGUGCCGGCGGGACUACGAAAAACGUUGCACUGCACCCGACGACUACGUCUUGAGCCGCUUUGACGUGAUGGCGGCAAGGGAUUGGCAGGGUGAGGUGUUGCAGGAGGCCGGGCAAGGUUUUGCGGAUGCUGUGGCGUGGUGCUUGGGAGGGAAUAGGGGGUCUGGGAACAGAGGCGAUGUGGAGAAGGUAGCGGGCAAGACAAUAGAGAGGUGGAGGAGGGAUAUGUUUAGAAAUGUGAUAGUGCCGUUGAAGUUGUCUUGUGACAAUAUGGCGGGGAUAGGGGUGGAGGAUUGA